CUUUUCCCCGUGAGACAUAAAGAUAGGAUCUUCGUAGUAACCCUGCCCUUUCCUCUUUGUAACAGAAAGAAGACCCAGGUUUUCAGAUUGCAAUGGCGAACCACGGGGAGGUUCUUGAUGCUGAGCAAGAAACAGAAACUGUGAACAACAAACCAGAUGAGGAGGUGACCGAGAAAGUGUUCAAUGACGCUGUCCACGGCGCAAUCUCUCUCCAUCCUCUGUGUGUGAAAGUAGUGGACACGCCACAGUUUCAAAGACUCAGAUUCCUUAAACAAGUGGGCACUGCUUACUUCGUUUACCCUGCUGCCGCUCACAAUCGUUUUGAACACUCUCUUGGAGUAUGCCAUCUUGCUGGCUUGCUGGUCCAUGCCCUCCAAUCCCGUCAGCCUAGUCUGGGUAUCACCAACAAGGAUGUAUUGUGUGUGCAACUUGCUGGCCUGUGUCAUGACCUGGGUCAUGGACCCUUCAGUCACCUGUGGGAGUGCUUUGUUAAGGAGGCCAAACCAGAGAAGGGCUGGACGCAUGAAGAGGCUUCAGUCAAGAUGUUUGACCACUUGAUUGAAAGAAACAACCUUGAGGAUGAAUUCAGACGAUAUAAGCUGGACGACAGGGACAUCACAUUUAUUAAAGAACUGAUUCGAAGACCAUACAAAACUUCAUCUGGAGACUGGCCUUACAAGGGGCGACCCAAAGAAAAAGCUUUCCUCUAUGAAAUUGUGUCCAACAAGCGAUCAGGUAUUGAUGUAGACAAGUGGGACUAUAUUGUGCGAGAUGGCCACACCCUUGGUAUUAAGGUUACAUUUGACUAUCUCCGCCUUAUAAAGUUCUCGCGUGUGAUUGAUGUGGAAGGAGAGGGGCCACAGAUAUGUAUGAGGGAUAAGGAAUGCGUGAAUCUCUAUGACAUGUUCCAUGCCAGGCGCAUUUUGCAUAGAACUGCAUACCAGCAUAGGGUCACCAAGACAGUUGACACCAU